CUGUAGAGUAUCGAUCUAUCAUAGGUCAAGAAUCAAAUAUAUCGACACUUGAAUAUCGGUAUUACCAAUUUGGCGGGAUUUUGUAGCUGCUCCUGCUCUGCGUUUAAAUCAAAUACUUUAGGUUACACAUUAUGGAAGAUUGCAAGUCAAGUGGUUUAAUUAAUUCAUCCUCAGAUUUCAAAGAACUUUUUCAGAUAAGAGAUAACUCAGAAAACUUGAUUCUAUCGUCAAAUGUUCCAGAACUAUGUAAAACGGAAAAAUGCAUGCUCGGUGUUGAUGAAGCUGGUCGAGGACCAGUUUUAGGUCCAAUGGUAUAUGGAAUUUGUUAUUGUCCAUUGGAUAAGGAAGCAGAUGUCAAAUCUCUGGGAAGUGCCGACUCAAAAAGCUUGACAGAACAAAAGAGGGAGACUAUAUUCGACUCAAUUUGUAAAGAGACAUCUUACGUAGGAUGGGCUGUAGAAGUCAUAUCACCAAAUACCAUCUGCAACAGUAUGCUUCAAAGGCAGAAGAAAUCUUUGAACCAAGUUUCUCAUGAUUCUGCUAUCGGUUUGAUACAGAGAACUCUGGAUGCUGGAGCAAACAUUACUGAAGUAUAUCUGGAUACAGUAGGUCCUCCAGAAAAAUACCAGGAGAAAUUGUCGUUGAUAUUUCCUCAACUAAAAGUUACCGUUGCAAAGAAAGCUGACGCAACUUACCCAGUGGUUGGUGCCGCCAGUAUUUGCGCCAAAGUCGCUCGAGAUUGUUCUCUGAGUGUUUGGAAGUUUCGUGAGGGAAUCGACUUGCCUGAAGGCACUAAUUGGGGGAGUGGAUAUCCUAAUGAUCCAGAAACCAAGAAAUUCCUCAUAAAUAAUAUAGAUCCCGUAUUUGGUUAUCCUCAGCUAGUCAGAUUUAGUUGGUCAACUGCUGAAAAAAUAUUGAAAGAAAAGGCUGUUGAAAUGGAAUGGGAAUCUGAUGAAGAAAACGACCCUUCUUUAAAAAACAACACUUCUAUCAGAUCCUUCUUUGGCCAGAAAACGUCUUCUUCAGCACCUGCCAGAAAAAGGCACUCGUUCUUCAGCGACAGAAAUUUGGUGUCAACGUCAUGUUUGGACUGAACAACAAGUACCUAUAUAAGUAUUGCUUUUUAAUUCAGUUCAAUCUAUUUUUGUACUUUAAACUUUUGACAAUAAAUCAUUAUUUUAUUUAAUAAU